UUAAGACUAUCCCACACUCCGUAGUCCCCACUCUCCCCACUUUUAUCUUUAGGAUUGUUAAUUUGCCAUUUCCCAAACUAGGCUUAGGAAUAGGAUAGUCAGUAUCUUGCUAUCAAUAUUUGUUUUCAUUCAUCAAUAAAGCAUGUUAUCAAAGAAAAAAAAAUGCAUGUCAGUUUACAACGUGAGACUUAAAAGGAAGUAGAGAACCAUAAGUUUUAUGCCUUCCUCUUCCUCCCAAUACUGAAUUGAGUUUUAGGCUUUAGCUGAUGUGAUUCAAAUUUCCCUUCCUUCAAGUUAUAGCACCUCAAGAUUAAACAGAAUGUUCCAGGGUAAGGGCGUGACACUGAUCAUGGUCACUGUGGAGUGCUUGGAUGUGGGCUUAAACACUAUUAGCAAAGCUGCUAUGACUGGAGGGAUGAGUGAUUUCAUCUUUGUUACAUAUUCUAAUUCCAUAGCUAUCUUUUUUCUUCUCUUAUCUUGCCUCAUCUUUUACAGAAAAAAGUCUCUCCCUCCACUCACAUGGGGCAUAGUCGGUGGAGUGUUUCUUGUUGCCUUGUUAAGUUCUACUGUACAGAUGCUUAAAGCUUUUGGGAUAGGUUAUAGCUCUCCCACUAUGUCCUCAGUUAUGUCUGAUUUACUCCCAGCUUUUACUUUUGUUCUUGCCGUCAUCUGCAGGUUUGAAAAACUAGACUUAAGACUUAGAGGUAGUCGGGCCAGGAGUAUUGGUACCAUUGUAUCAAUCACAGGAGCUUUAAUUGUCACUCUCUACAAAGGCCUACCAAUUUCAAUUGCUUCAUUACCUGAGAAAGUGGUCAGUGGUGAGCUUCUUUCCCCCCUCCACUCAAACUGGAUCCUAGGGGGUUUUUGCUCUGCAUCUGCUUACUUUUUGCUUGCAGUGACAUACAUUGUACAGACAUGGGUUGUUAGGGACUACCCUGCAGAGCUUAUGUUUUCACUCAUUCGUUGUACCUUUGUGACCAUCCUAUCUGCCAUCAUCUCUCUUAUUUUAGAGAAUGAUCCAAAUGCUUGGAAAUUGAACUUUGAUAUGGAAUUGAUAGCUGUAGUGUACUCGGCACUGUUUGCAAUUACAAUUCGAACCAGUGUUCAUCUAUGGGCAUGUCACAAGAAGGGUCCUGUCUAUGUUGCCAUGUUUAAGCCACUUGGUAUAGUCAUUGCAGUUGUGAUGGGGGUUACUUACCUUGGGGAUACUCUUUAUCUUGGAAGUGUGGUUGGAGCGGCUAUUAUAGUACUUGGGUUUUAUGCCGUGCUAUGGGGGCAAGCCCAAGAAGAGGUGGUGAUUGAACACCAUCCAAUUACUAGUAGCUAUGAGUCAUCCUCUCCUAAUGCCCCUCUUUUGCAGAACAAUGGCACUGAAGUGUAGAAACCUUGCAAAAAAUGUGAAGUUAGAUUAAAGCCUUGCUGUGUUAGAAACUAAAUACAUCAUUUUUUUUGUUGGCAGCAUCAGUUUAGGAAGAUACAUAUUUGUUAAAAUAACAUUUAUUGGGUAAAGUAGAAGAUAAUUGUUCGAUAAAUACAGGCAUGUAUUUCUCUAAAGGGGAAAUUAUGAUAGAAUGUUGCUUCAUUAAAGUUGAUGGGGGUCACAAAACAGGAUUCCCUCCAUAUCAUUUGAAA